CCACAAAAACACACACACUACACACACUCGGCCCAUUCACACUCUAAACCCUUCGCCAAAAAUUGAUUUAUUUUCACAAAUUAUUUCUUUUUAAGUUUUUCUUUUUUUCCUCCAUGCGAUGAUCACGCCAUUUUCUGGAUAAACAUUCUCAAAGCAUUGCUCUAAUUUCAUCAAUCCACACUCCGAUCACAUGGAUCUGAAAGUAGAUAAGAAAGAAGAUUUUGAGAAGAAAAAUGGCAGUGUUUCUCCAUUGAAGACCUGCAGCGAUUGUCACACCUCGAGAACUCCGCUAUGGCGAGGCGGUCCAGCUGGACCGAAGUCUCUAUGCAAUGCCUGCGGGAUAAAAUACAACAAGAAGAGGAGGCAGCUCCUAGGGCUGGAUUCGGGGAAGCCAAACAAGAAGAAAAAGCGAACGAGCGUUGUGCGGAGCAACGAGGUCAGAGAGAUUUUGAAAAUGCGAUUCAAAAGCGAGAUUGUGUUGCAGAGAUCGGGAAAGUUGAUGAACAAGUUGAGAGAGGAAGAAAGAGCGGCGAUACUGUUGAUGGCGCUUUCGUGUGGAUCAUCUGUCUACGCUUAGUGGAGUUGUACCUCCGGCCUCUCCGGUUGUACCCUAAAUUUGAAAUCUGGAAAAAGGAAAAAAAAUUGGAGAGCUCUAGUCUAAGUGUCUAACUUAAUGUGAUGUUAAUUUGAGGGGAAAAUUUAGGUUUUUUUUUUUUAGGGUGAUUUGCUGAUGUAAUGACUAACAAUGAUUGAAUUAGUCAUGUUUUUCCUAGUAAUAGUAUGAUUAAAUCCUUAGAUUUUGAUUUUUGACUUGUGUAUAUAAGCUGUUUUGAUUUAUAUUUUUA